AGGAAUUAGACAAAUUAAGGCACAAUUGUGAAAUCAUUUCCCUGUACAGUAUAUAUAGAGGCUCUUCUAAUCAUCUAUCACUGCUUAUUUUUGCAGAAGACUGUACUUCACUGUAUUUUGCAGUCCAGCUUAACUAAAAAAGAUGGCCGGGAUCCUCCCAUAGAGCAAAGCCAUAGGGGUUAAUUUCUGUGGUGUAAAUGACAAUUAUUAUAUAAUUCGCUCGGAUCUUGACUGUUUCAUGUACUCAACAAAUUUCCACCGAGGCUCUGACCUCACGAUUUACAGCUUGCACCCCUGCUGUCAGGGUGGAGACCACUAUCUGGCCUUGGACGACAACACAUUCUACAUUAUCAAAGGCAACACUUAUCGCUGUGUGUCCGAUAUGAGCAAAGAUCUUGGUUCUGUGGUGUAUAACCUGCACCCAAACUGUCAAGGGGGUGAUCACUAUCUGUCUGCUUAUGGUUAUUUCUACAUGAUAUUUAAGAGCAGAGGCGUGUAUCACAAAACGUCCAAUAUGAACAAGGAUAGCGAUGCAGUUGAAUACCAACUGCAUCCCAACUGCAACGAUGGCCUAUACUACUGGGGCACAAAGAGCUACUCCUACUUUCUCAAGCCAAAAGAUGAGUGGGGGAUCCAGUAUCACAAAACUAAUAAUCUUAACAAAGAUACCCAUGCAGACACAUUCUCAAUUCAUCCAGAUGUUCUUAACUUCCUUCCUGGAGGGCUUGGUCAGACACAUGGCCCAGCCUUUGGAAAAUGGGAUCUCAUUAAGAUAAUUUCCAAUGAUUCAGAAAUUCCCGUAACCUGGGAAAAGAAGAUAACCCGGAAAGUGGGCUUUACCAAAUCCAAGUCAUCGAGUAUCGAGCACAACUGGAAAGUGAAUAUAAGCAGCACGUAUCAGGCAGAUGCUCUGACAGCAGCGAUUGCCAAAUACCAGUUCUCUCUGUCAGCAGAAUAUGGAGGAAUCAGCGUCAACACAGAAAGUGAAAACUGGGAAGAAGCAAUUGAGGUGGCAGAGACCAUGACCCUGACUCUGCAGCCCCACACUAAAAUGUACGUGUGGCAGUACAAGCUCGGCCUUGGCAAGGAAGAUGUCCUCUUCUGCCGUGACAUGGUACUUCAUGACAAUCCUAACCCCCCUUCCAUCAUUCCACUUCCACCUGCUAACAAGUAGUGUGUUGGUGAUUCUAUGGAUAAGAUGCAUUUUGUUGGCUAGGCAUGUUAUAUUUUGCAUGGGCUUAAAUAAACAGAAAAUAUGAUUAUGUAAUAGGAAUGCUUUUAGGAACUACAUUUUUUUUUUUUACUUGUUUGUCUGUUUUCUUAUUUUAAUUUAGGAAGUUACAAUACAACAAAGAAAAACACAAUAAUCUUAACAAGAAUUAAAUCAACUUGUAUAACAAUAUACUGAUUUUUAAACCAGAUCAUAUGCCAGAUUUCAUAACUCCAUACAUACUGUAUAAGAUCUAUGUACUCAAAUGUGAUUCUUCCAUGUCAUUAUUCUUCAAUAAUAUUUGCAUUAAUGGUAAAUGUUGAAUAAAUUCACAAUUUAGUUUGCAACAGUAUGGACAGUAA